GCGCAAAACAGGCGCUAUGGUUUGGUUUGGUUGCUGAAGUCGUUUGCAGAGCAAAAGAAGUCCCAUUAUAAGUUAGUUGCCAGUCUUCAUGGUCUUGGCGGUGGCAAGUAGUCGUCGCAGGAUGAUGAACCCUCGUGUUGCUGGAAUUGCCAUGUUUCUGGCCGCUUUCCUGCUGCUGGUAUCGUGUGGAAUCGUCCAAUGUGCUCUGAAUGGUGGCCGGCAACUAGCAGAUUCAGCUCAUCUCACUAUUGACAGGAAGGAUGUUCUUCCAACGAACUUCAAGCUGUUCGGGCUGAAUGAUGUGCUGGGUCCGGUAAUGCAGAUCCCAUACGAUUCAUCGGCUCUAGUCAAUGCAGUGGAGUCGUUAAGAGUGGGUUACCUACGCCAUCCAGGAGGGGCAGUGGCAAACUACUGGAACAUUACCAGUGGUAGAUAUGCAACAACAUGCUCACAUUCUAGCUUGUGCGGCAAUAUGAGUGCGGCCGUCAACAAGUUCCCAGAGGGAACAUUCUCCCCGGCAAACUUUGUGAAGGACUUGGCAUCGCGAACGGGUGCUAAGCUGCCGGUAUUUGAUUUGAAUGUGUUGACAAUGGACGAGGGCACCUGGGACAUGCAGAUCAACACACUGCAGCCGUUCUGUGCCGAUGUGGAGUGCUUUGUUGAAAUCGGCAACGAGCUAUAUCUCAACAAGCAAUACAGGUGGCAUUUUCCCGACGCUUCUACUUACAUGACCCAAUGCAAGUCCCUCAUCACCAAACUUCGGCAACGCUUCCCGAAGGUAAAGAUAUCAGUACCAGCUGGCGGCAUAGGCAGCUUCAUUCCAAAGCACCUGGCAGCUGAUAUAGGAAUAGCGAUGACGCAAGAAGAGAUUGAGUUGGCAGAGUCAUGGUCAGUGACGCUAGCACAGUAUCAACACCUGUUUGAUGCUGUUACAAUCCACGACUACGCCAGUCUCGGACACUCCGAGCACGGGGACAACAUCACGUGGACAUCCUCGCUAGCAACAUGGCCGCAGAUCGCCUACGGUGAAGCAGUCAAGUUCUGCAAGAAAUUGUACAGAGACAAUAUCAGUGUGCUGAUCACGGAGUACAAUGAAGGUCUGGGCGACAGGACUGAGCUGGACCGUGACGGUGGACCUCACGCCCUGAACAUGCUCUCGCAUGUUUUAGUUGGCGUGGAGCAUGGUGAAACAAUACAGUCUAUGCAGUAUCAUGCCUUUCUGAGUGUGGACACAAUGGGUUGGGACCUUCACUCUGGCAUGGUGCGUAUGAAGACAUUCAAUGCCACGCAGGUGUAUGUGAACGGAGUCUCACAGCUGUUUGCUCACCUAUCCUCAGUUGCUGCACAAAGUCAAGACAUGUAUCGUGUAAACAUCACCGGUGGGCCAGUGACACCUAGUACAUUGCCAGAAGGUCUGAGCGGUAAGUCUUGCCUUCAAGCUGCAGCAUUCAGCAGUGUUUCUCAGCUGAACCUGGCCGUCAUCAACCGUUGCAAUGAGCCAGUGACCUGGACACUCAGUGAGGGUGCUGACCAGCAACACAGGGACAGUAUGGGAAGUCUAAAUGUUACGACCUACAACUGUGGGCCAACAGAAGCUGGUGGCUGGGUAGAAAUGCCCAGUGCAAGCGCUGCAUUCCCAUGGCCAGCUCCUCUGUCUAGCAAGACAUCAUCACUUCAAACUCUUGCACCACUUAGCUUCUCUAUUGUUCAAAUGCACGUAACUCCACCCAUAAUAGAAUCAACAUAGAAUCUGAAGGCGUAGGCCGUAAUUAUUAUUUUAGUACGUGGCUGUGGAGUAUAUUAAUGUUCAUGAACUGCAUUUCAAAGUAAAUUUAUGGCAGCAGUUGCACAUGCCAGUACAGUCAUCAAAACUACCUGCAAAGUAGACAGUGGCAUAUGAAGUAAACCAGACACAGAAUCACGUCUUUGUCUACCUAGACGGUUAGAGGCAUUGAACUCACGACAGUAGUUUAGUACACAUAGGAUACUGCAGCAGUGAGCACUUAAACAUUCGCUCAAUACUCGAUUGAUUUUGAGCUGACGCAUGUGAAAAGGCGAUGCAAGAAUGACUUGCUGGUUCGCACUUGG